AUGUUUUUAGUUUUAUCAGCAAUUUUUAAAAAAUGGUUUCCAUCAAAUAUGAAAACAUAUGGAACAAAUUGUUUAUGUAUUUUAUUUUUAAUUGGUUACUCAGCAAUUGGAGGAUUUGUAUUUCUUUAUUUAGAAAAAGAAUUGGCUGAAGAAAAUAAAAGUAAUAUAACAGAAUAUCAAUUAAAAUGUAUUAAAGAAACUUUAGAAAAACGUGAAAGAUUUCUGUAUGAUUUUAAUUCAUCUGCUGAAGAUAUUUUUGAGAGAUGUGUUCAACAGUUACUUGUAACUCAUGAUGAAAGAAUGCAAUGGAAUUUAUUAAAUUCAGUUCUUUAUAGUUUUGGUAUUAUUACAACAUUAGGAUAUGGAAAAUUAGAACCAAAUUCAACGGCUGGAAGAAUUUGUGCUGUUAUUUAUGGUUUUAUUGGAAUUCCAAUAACCGUUAUCAUAUUUUCAUCAUUUGGAAAAAGAAGUAGAAGAAAUUCUAUUAAUGAUUAUCAUAAAGAUGGUGUUAUAGAAUUUACAGAUAAUGAAAAUGAAGAUUAUGAGUUACAAUCUGAUAAAGUAGAAGAAGAUUUAUAUCAACCAAUAAGUGCAUUAUCAUUGGUUAAUUUCGUUGUCUUUUACUUACUUAUUGGAUCUUUUAUUUGUUCUGAAUUAACAAAUCGUUUUGACUUCUGGAAUGGUAUCUAUUUUUCAUUUCUUUGUUUUACAGCCAUUGAAUAUGGUGAAUUAAUACCAGAAAAUCCUUUAUAUAUCCCUAUUAUUGUUGUUUAUAUAAGUGUUGGAUUAGCUUUAAGUACCACAGCUCUUGAUGUUGGAUCAUUAUAUGUAAGAAAACUUUAUUUUGUUGGAAAAAAAUUAACUAAUAUGGCUAAUGUUCAAAUAUGGUUUGGUUCAGAAAAAAUUCAGUUAAAAGAGUUACUUGGAGCUAUUGGGCAAAAUAUUGGUAUGGGGCCAAAUGCUCUUUGGGAUAACAUUGACAUUGAUGGAGUUGUUAAUUAUGCUCUUUUGGUUAAAGAAGGAAAAUUAGAUGCAGUACCACAAGGAUAUGCAAUAAUGGAAGGAGUAUGGCCACCAGAGUUGAUACCAUUAUUUCUUAAAGAUAACUAUGUCCCUAAAUAUGUUGAUGAUGAUGAAAAAUCAAUGAUGUCAGUUAGUAUUAAUUCAAAUAAUCUUCCUGAAUCAAAUAUUAUUGGUGGUAAAAGAAAUGAUCUAGUUUUUCAUCAAUUACCUCCUAUAUCACCAAAUCAUUUUAAAAAAGUUGGUUUAGGAGGUUUAGGUCCUAUAAAAUUAAGAAGUAGUUUCAAAACAGAUUCAAUAGAUCAUAGAAGAGCAAUGAGUGUACGAUUUAAAGAAUCAGUCACUGUACAACCUGUUGAAAUUGAAAAAAAAGAAGAUCCAUAUAAAGAUAUACAUGACAUUGAUGAAGAUUAA